UGAUGGCUCAUGAAGCAAUGAAAUAUGAUCUUCAGGUGCAGUUAGAUCAUGGUGCUGCACAACAGCCUGCUCCUCCUGAAGUGGUCAGCGGCCAAGAGGGACCACCCCUGCUCCAGCCUUCUCAUACUGAGGUGGUCAGCAGCCAGGAAGGACCACCCCUGUUUGAGCCUGCAUCUGCUGCAGUGGUCAGCAGCCAAGGGGGACCACCCCUGCUCCAGCCCCCUCCUGAUGAAGUGGUCAGCAGCCAAGAGGGACUGCCCCUGCUUCAGCCUGCUCCACAGGUGUCCAUUGAUAUGACAGAGGAGCUCUCAGGAGAAGAGACUGUGGAGAACAUCAAUCCAGGAGUUUCAGAGGCGCGUAGGCAGGAAUCUGGUGCUAACCACACUGCCCAAUUAUCUUCAUUGGAUUCAGUGAACAGCUUCAUCAGUGGGCUGCAGAGACUUCAUGGCAUGCUGGAAUUCCUGAGACCAACUUCGGAAAACAGGGUGGGGCCAGUGAGAGCUAGGAGGAGGAGGAGUUCUGCUUCACAGAGGGCAAGAGCUGGAGGGUCUCACAGGACAAACAGUGCCAGGUUGAGAGCACCGUUGGAUGCUUACUUUCAAGUGAGCAGGACACAGCCUCAUUCACCAGCCACUUCUUAUGAUUCAGAGACUAGGAAUCCUGUCUCUGAAGACUUGCAGGUAUCAGGUAGUUCUGACAGUGACAGCUCCACAGAGUAUGAAGAGGGAGUUGUCCAGGCAGAGGAGCCUGGAGCUGUUGUUUUAGAAGAGCAACUAGGCGGUAACGACUUGGCAGAGCAACUAGGAGAUAUCUCAACAGAGCAAGAAGUUACAUGUAUUGGUGGAGGAGAGACUUUCCCCAAACAGCAGUCUCCCCAGAAGUCUAAUCCUCUUCUAGCUUCUGCGGAUGAGGAAGAAGCAGACACUUGCACAAUAUGUUUGGAACAGUGGACCAAUGCUGGGGAUCACCGGCUCUCGGCAUUGCGCUGUGGGCACCUCUUUGGGUAUAAGUGCAUUUCUAAGUGGCUCAAAGGACAGGCACGAAAAUGUCCUCAGUGCAACAAGAAAGCCAAGCACAGUGACAUCGUUGUCCUUUAUGCCCGAACCCUGAGAGCUUUGGACGCUAGUGAACAGGAGCUCAUGAAAAGUUCCUUAGAAGAGGAGCAGAUGCUAAGGAAGAAGGCUGAGUUAGAAUCAGCACAGUGCCGGCUCCAGCUUCAAGUCCUCACUGAGGAAUGCACUAAGCUUCACAGUCGUGUUCAGGACUUGAAAAACCUUAUUGUGCAGCAUCAGGGUCAGAUUUCACAGCUGACCGGGAGUUCCCAAGCACGUUUCCUAAGCAGCCUGUCCUCCAGCCAGAGCCAACACAAGUACCAUUUCCAGAAGACAUUCACAGUGUCUCAAACAGGAAACUGCCGAGUCAUGACAUACUGUGAUGCUCUGAGCUGCCUGGUAGUAUCACAGCCUUCUCCUCAGGCCUCCUUCCUUCCAGGCUUUGGUGUUAAGAUGUUGAGUACUGCCAACAUGAAAAGCAAUCAGUAUAUUCCCAUGCAUGGCAAACAGAUACGUGGACUGGCUUUCAGCAGUCGAUCCAAAGGCUUACUUCUCUCUGCUUCCCUAGACAACACUGUUAAACUGACCAGCCUGGAGACAAAUACUGUGGUCCAGACUUAUAAUACUGGACGUCCUGUCUGGAGCUGCUGCUGGUGUCUUGAUGAAAACAAUUACAUGUAUGCUGGAUUGGUCAACGGUUCAAUUCUGUUGUAUGACCUUCGAAACACAAGCUCUCAUAUCCAGGAGUUAGUACCUCAGAAAGCUAGAUGCCCGCUGGUAUCCCUGUCAUACAUACCGAGAGCUGCCUCGGCUGCGUUUCCAUUUGGUGGGGUGUUGGCUGGAAGCUUGGAGGAUGCUUCCUUUUGGGAGCUGAAAAUGGGCUUUACUCAUUGGCCUCAUGUGAUGCCCAUGGAGCCUGGGGGCUGCAUAGACUUUCAGACAGAGAGCAGCACCCGGCACUGUCUUGUGACCUACAGGCCUGAUAAAAAUCACAGCACCUUACGAAGUGUACUCAUGGAGAUGUCCUAUAAACUGGAUGAUGCUGGAGAGCCAAUCUGCUCCUGCCAUUCUGUACAAACAUUCCGUGGGGGACCCACUUGCAAACUACUGACCAAAAGUGCCAUUUUCCAAAAUCCAGAGAAUGAUGGCAGCAUCCUGGUGUGUACUGGGGAUGAAGUGUCAAAUUCUGCCCUGCUGUGGGAUGCUGGCAGUGGCUCGUUGCUGCAGGAACUGCAGGCUAAUCAGCCUGUCUUGGACAUCUGCCCAUUUCAGGUGAACCAUAACAGCUACUUGGCUACCUUAACGGAGAAGAUGGUCCACAUCCAUAGGUGGGAGUGACCUAUGGUCACUAUGGUGUUGAACCUUGUCAGACAUGCUGUUGGUUAAUGUUAAAUGUUGUUUGUUAGCACCUGGCAGCCCUGAGCAAGAUCUGUGCUUAUUGUCUGUGGCCUAGAACUUUUGGGAUCGUGGUUCCGUUGGGUUAGUAUGAUUCUGGGACUCCAGGUCAGCAAAACGCUACAGAUUGUGUAUUUUCAGUGUCCAUCAAAAGAGUCAGUGACUUGUACUCCAUCACAUUAUACAUUUCUUGGGGGUAAUAGCCUUCAUGAAUCUUUGCUGAGAAUUUUUUUUUUUUUUUUUU